UUGACACAUAACAAACAUAUAUUGUCAAUUUACCUUUUUCUUCUUAAUUUUUUUGUAUAUUUUGAAACAUGAACCCAUUUCUCACGGUAUACAAAAAAGAUUACAUUCCCGUAAAGAUUGUACAGGAACCUCGUAAAAUCGCUCAGUCUGAAUUUAAAGAUCCCAUCAACGAAGGUUUCAAAAAUUAUUUGAGUGUAACAGACAGUCCAGUAGAACCAGAAAUGACACCAUGUGACCAAUAUAUGGAGGAAUUCAAGGCAGAUAAUAAGAAAAUUGGUGAAAUGUAUUUUAGUAAAACUAUCGAUAAGCAAGUAGUCAAAAACAGUCAGCUAGAUGAUAUGAGAACAGUCUAUCGAAGAGAUUACGAAGAUAUUGCUCUUUAUGAAAGAUUCUUAAAGGAAGAAUAUGAGAAAAAAAUGUUUAGACUUCCUUCGGAUUGGAAUCUUCCACAAACAACACAAACAGCAAGUUAUAGAAAUCCCUCCAUAUUGAAUCCUAAUGUUUAUGAAAAAGAUAAAUUAGGGAGAACUCCGGAUAAUCUGGUCCCUAAUCCAGAAAUUCGUAGAUUAUUGAAAAUAACGACCGGUGUUAGUGAUUAUGGGGCUCAUAUUGGUCAAAUGGGCGAAACCAUAAUAAAAGAAGAAAUACACGGAAAAAGAAAUUAUCCUGCGUGUCAUCCAUUGUAAUUAUUUAAUGUUAUUGAUAUAAUUUUGUAGGAAUUUUUUUAUGCACCUAUUUUUAUUAUUUUG